AUGUCCAAGCUAUUCAUUGGUGGCCUGAGCUGGCACACGACGACGGAUGUGGUGUCCCUUGCACCAUCUCCACGCCAUUUGUUGGGUUCGCUUGUGAGGUUUCUGCGGGUGCCUGACACACGCGACGAUGCAGGUAGGACAUCCUGGCGCCAUGUCCAGAGUAUCCAUCAGCGGCCUUGCCUGGCAUACCGACGAAGCCACACUUUGCGUCAGAGUGGAGGCCAUAUUUUGAGUCUUUGGAAAACCUGCAACACCAUGUCUAAGCUAUUCAUUGGUGGCCUUGCCUGGCACACCGAUGAUGCCAGAUCUGGACCAGAAUCGAGGCUCUGCUCCCCUUCUUCGUAA